AUGGACCCUGUCUCCGCGGCGGGUUUGGCCAUUGGCGUAGCAUCCAUUGGACUUCAGGUCUACACCAGCUGCGUACAAGCAAGGAACUUCCCCGAAGACUGCAAGUUUCUCAACUUGAGGCUGCGUAUGGAGCAACAAAGACUCUUUGCUUGGAGUGAGACGUCCGGACUUCUGGAUCUUGACAACAACCAAAAAGACAAGAUUCUCGAGUCCAACACCUUCAUUUUGCAUCGAACUACCGUUCUCGACCUUCUAGUGCAAGUCCAGUAUCUCUUCAAGGAGUUUGAGGAGCACCAACGGUCUAACAAAAGACUUAAGCCUGCCACCGAUCAGGAUUCUGUACUUGAAAACCCGGAGAAGGAUGCCGCAUCGGCCAACUUUCCCUUGCCGGAAAAGCGGCGUAAUUUCAUCAAGCGAGCCAUGUCAAAGCUCAAAGAGCAGUCCAAAGAGGGCCUCCUCAUCUGGAGCUGGGUCUCGUUCGACAAGGCCGCCUUUGAGCUGUUGCUAUCACGAUUUUCAGCUCUCAAUGACAAUAUGACCGAUAUCCUUGAUGCUCGGCUGCAGGUUGAAAUCCAUCAUACAGUCCAGGACACGAACCGAGGGGUCUUGCAGCUACAUCACCGCAUAGCUGACCUUGGGCGGCUUGUCAUGGCUUUAAACGUAAAGCUGGACGCCACCAUCCCACCGAACCUCUCUACCAUGUCCAUGAACCAACGGGCGGCCAAUUCCGACGAUUUGAAGCUGAUAUCCAGAUUGGCAAAGUUCAAGGCCUUCAACGAGUCGAUGGAGUCGGAAAAGCAGCAACUUGAUGAUGCGACGGCCAUGCAGCUGGAGCUGGGAAAGCCUGGUCAACAAGACCGGCUGGUCCUGAAGCGGGAGGCGAUCGAUCUGGACGAGGGCCACGAGGACUUGGAUCAACCCAGGUGUGAAGCAACCCUUCGUGGUCCUGACGGCGUCAGCAAAAGAGUCUGGAUUGAAUGGAAAGAAUACGAACGUCAGACCAACACCGACGAUUCUCUCCCGAAGCAAGUCAUUAUUGACAGAGUGGGCAAACUCGCCGCUCUUCUGAACCACAGCCCCAAGCCCGAGGCGUUUCGCACACUUCACUGUCUAGGCUUCUUCGACAUGUCAGGAUCAGAGCCUGUCGCGCCCGAUGAUGACGACAGCUUGAACCGGAAGCUGGGCCUCGUUUUCGAAAGGCCCCUUGAUGGCGAUGUACACGCGUCGCUGGCCCCCUCGUCACUUCGUGACCUGUUCGAAAACGAGAGAAAGCCUCGCGUGACCGAUCGGAUCAGGCUAGCUCACGCCAUCAGCAGUUGCCUGUUGUACUUGCAUGCCGUGAACUGGCUUCAUAAGGGGCUGCGAAGUCACAACAUUGUCUUUUUCCGGACCAAAGCCGGUCUAGUCGACUACACAAAGCCCUAUCUGACCGGCUUCGACUACUCGCGUCCAGCUCGCAGCGACGAAGCGACGGACAUUCCCGGAGACGACGCCGAGUACAAUCUGUAUCGGCAUCCCCAGGUGCAGUUGAUGAAUCCGGCGGAGAGGGAACGCUUCCGCAAGACGUUUGACAUCUACAGCCUCGGCGUUCUCUUCGUCGAGCUGGCGCACUGGAAGCCGGUGGACAAGGUUCUGAGGUUCGAUAUUUAUCGCAAACCGAGUCUGGCGAUGAGAGUAAGGGAUGGCCUGCUCGUCGACGACGAGAUGGCUGAGAUCGGCGCGAGUCUGGGUGAGGUUUUCGAACAGGCGACAAAGAAAUGCAUCGCUGGCGGAGACCAGCUCGGACUGGGGGACGAUGAGAUCGAGACUGAUGACCCGGUCGCAGCGAGGCUUUCGAUGCGGUUUUACGAGGACGUUGUGAAGAAGCUAGGCGGGGUACGCGUGUGA